CGAAUCGCAAUCGCUCAGCAAUGGCCGUGUAUAUAAUCACAUUAAUUUGUGUUCUAGUGUACUAUUUCUACAUAAAAAUAAAAUCUUCGUAUGCAUACUGGGAGAGCAGAAAAAUAAAAGGUCCAAAACCUCAAUAUUUAUUUGGGAAUUUUAGAGCUGUUAUCACUAAAAAGGAGUCAGUGACGACACUUGCAGCUAAUAUUUAUAAGCAAUUUUCAACUGAACAAGUUAUUGGAAUAUAUCAAGGUUGGAAACCAGCACUGAUAGUAAAUGAUCCAGAACUCAUAAACAAAGUGCUAGUGAAACACUUUGAAACAUUUUCAAGUAGAGGCAUUCGAACGUCGGAAAAUAAUCCUCUCUCAAAAAACUUAUUCGCUUUAGAUGGUGAGGAAUGGAAAGUUUUAAGACAAAAAUUGAGUCCUGUGUUCACACCAGGAAAACUCAAGCAAAUGAUGCCGCUAAUGGAUAACUGUGUAAAACAAUACCUGGAUUAUUUGGAUAAAUUACUUGAAAGACCAGAUCCCCUUGAAAUGAGAAGUUUAAAAAUGAAAUACACCCUAAAAAGUAUUACUACAAUUGCAUUUGGACUGGAUAUUGACACUUUCUCCGAAGACGACUGUAUGUUUAUUGAAAUGGCUAAUAGAUUGUUUCGGCCCCAGAAUUCAAAAAUAAUUAUAAGGGGACUCUUGCCGGGAUUAUUAAAGAAACUUGUAAAGAUCGACUUUGAAUCACCUGAAUUAAUAAACUUUUUCUUGGAUCUUGUGAGCGAAAUCGCUAAUGAAAGAGAAAGGAAGCCAAAGGUUCGAAAGGACUUUAUGGAUUUCAUGAUCGAUUUAAAAGAACAAGAGACGGUUACUAAAUCUAACGCAGAAGGAACUGCUGUGUUAGAAAUUACCGACGCAUUAAUUGCUGCACAGGCUAUGGUUUACUACGCUGCAGGGUUUGAAAGUUCUUCAGGUCAACGCUUCGCCAAAGUACAAUCCAUGUUGGGCUUAGCCCACUUCAUAAGAAAGAUUCGAGUGGAGCCGUGCGAGAGAACUACGAGAGAGAUAAAGUUCGACCCACAGAAAAUGAUGCUAACCGCAAUUGAUGGAAUAUGGUUAACACUUAAACAGAGAUUCGACAAACCUUAGACUCGAACAAUAACGCGGUUCCAAGUCAGGUGUUUGAUUCUCGAUAUGUCGCGGAAUGUUAAAGUACUAAUUUCUUCCAUUGACAAUAGAAGAAAUUAGUACCGUACAUGUUAUAAUGCCACUAUUCUAAGGUACAAAUGUAACUUCAUACAUUAAAUAUAGCACUUUACGAGUCAUCGAUCCUGUUUCGAUUCUUGAGCAC